ACAUCCCAUUCGACAUAAACAUUCAGCAUUGAAAGCACAUCAAAAAUAUAAAUAAAUCACAAAAAGUAAAACAAAAUAUUAAAUCCGUGAACAGUCUGAUCUGAAUAUGGAAUGCAAUUGGGCCGAUCAGUCCGACUGGACAUUCCAGCCAAUGGCUUUCGAAGAGGAGGGUUUCAUGGCCGACAACGAGAAGACAACGACUUUGAAGGAGAUCCAGCGCCGGGGCAGUGUUAUACUCGCCCAAGCGCGAGAGCACUCUUUGGCGCUGACCAAGAGCCUGCUCAAUGCCGUGGAUCCCAGUUGGCAGAGGGAGGUGGCCAUGAGCGGGGAUUCCUGCUGCUUGACCCCCCAGGCCUAUCGCUUCAAGGACAUCUAUGAGGGCAAGAAGAAGCAGCAGCUGCGCAAGUGCCUAGAGGACGAGCGUAAGCAGCGCGAGUUCCACAGCCGUCCAAUGCCAAACUUUCGCCAGUUCCACGAGCGCCAGGCCGCCAAGCCCAUCGUCCACCGUGUGACCUUGCCAGUCACACCCAACGUGCUCAAAAACUCUGUCCAGUCGGAGAUGCGGCGCCGCCAGCGGGUUGAGGAGGUGCUCAAGCAGCUGGACGUCCAGAAGCAAUACCCCAAGGCGAAGCCCAUUACGCGCAGCAGCACCAAAAGCGCGCGUCCAUCUGCAAAGUCUUUAAGCAGCCAGUCCCUAGUUGAGCCACGUAUACAGAUACAGCCCUUUAACCUGUCCGUCGAACAACGUAUUCAGAAGCGUAGGCUCUUCAAUGCCCAGACCAACCAGAUGCAGGAAACCCGUCGUCAGCAGCAGGAGGAGGAGCGCCUCCGUGCGGAACGUGAGGAUUACCAGAAGCACCGCCAGAUGACCACGUUCCGGGCUCGUCCCAACCCAUUCGGCUCCUCGCCGCGUUAAUGUGGUUUGGACUCCCUUUUUACGUUUUUCAAUUUAGUUUGUUUCUUUGUUUUAAGUUCUUGUUUAAAUUUGUUUUGUUGUUCGAAGAAAUUAAAUUACUAUAAUCAUCAGCA